AUGGGCACCGCUCGCAUGGCGGCCCCGGUCGCUAUGCUCCUGCUGCUGCAUCACCUUGCGUGUGCAGUUGCUGCUGGGACCGAAGCCGAGGCAGCUGCACUGCUCGCAUUCAAGAUCGCCUCCGUGACCGCCGACCCAGGCGGCCGGCUCGUGAGCUGGGCAGAGGUCAACUCCACCUCUGGCACCAGCUCGCCGUGCAAGUGGACCGGUGUCUCGUGCACAGAUGGCCAUGUCCAUAUGCUCAAUCUCAGUGGCAUGUCCCUCGUCGGCUGCCUCCACCUCGACCCGUUGCUCGCUCUACCCGCACUCCGGACCAUCCUCCUCCGUGGCAAUGCCUUCCAUGGCAACCUCACGAAUGGCGCCUCACAGCGACAGACAUCGCCACCAUGCAUGCUCAUGGACGUGGACCUGUCAUCGAAUGCCUUCAACGGAACGCUGCCGCAGGCGUUCCUGGAGUCCUGCAGCAACCUGCAGCUGCUGAACUUGUCCAGGAACACCCUUACCGGUGGGGGUUUUCCAUUCCCACCAUCGCUGCAGACGCUUGACAUGUCCAGGAACAAGCUGUCAGAUGCCGGAUUGCUGAACUACUCCCUGGCUGCCUGCCAUGGUAUUCAGUUCCUCAACCUCUCAGCCAACCAGCUCAUGGGAGGCCUCCUAGAGUUUGCGCGGUGCAGCCAGGUUUCUGUUCUUGACUUGUCAGGGAACCUCAUGUCUGGUGCCCUCCCUGGAAGGCUUUUGGUGACGGCGCCAACCAAUCUCACACACUUGAGCAUUGCUGGUAACAACAUCUCCGGGGACAUCUCCAAGUAUGAGUUUGGUGGCUGCCCAAAUCUCAGGGUGCUCGAUUGGUCAUACAACAGACUGAGUGCCAUGGGGUUGCCACCAAGUCUUGCCAAUUGCCGUCGCCUGAAGACAAUUGACAUGUCUGGGAACAAGCUUUUGUCAGGUUCAAUACCAGAGUUCCUGGGGGGCUUCCAUGCUUUGCGCCGACUCGCGCUGGCUAGGAACAACUUCACUGCAGAAAUACCGGAUAAGCUGAGCCUCUUGUGCAGAAUCGGAAUGCUGGUUGAACUAGACUUAUCAAGCAACCAACUGAUUGGCAGUCUGCCAGCAAGCUUCUCAAGCUGCAGAUCACUUGAGGUGCUUGAUCUCGGCAGCAACCAACUCUUUGGUGACUUUGUGGUUACUGUCAUCAGCAAAAUGUCUUCUCUGCGUGUGCUGAGACUGCCAUUCAACAAUAUCAAUGGGACAAAUCCUCUGCCGGCACUAGCAGCUGGCUGCCCUUUGCUUGAAGUUAUUGAUCUUGGCUCUAAUCUGCUGGAAGGGGAGAUCAUGCCUGACUUGUGCUCAUCUUUACCAUCACUAAGAAAGCUGCUCCUCCCAGACAAUUAUUUCAGUGGAACUGUGCCACUGUCACUUGGCAACUGCAGCAAUCUGGAGUCACUGGACCUCAGCUUCAACCUUUUGGUUGGUCACAUUCCAUCUCAAGUAAUAUUGCUUCCUAAGCUUGCCGAUUUGGUCAUGUGGGCAAACAAUCUCUCUGGCGAAAUACCAGAUGUUGUAUGCUCCAAUAGCACAAGAUUGGAGACACUAGUGAUAAGUUACAACAACUUCACUGGAGUCCUCCCUCCAUCCAUUACAAGCUGCGUGAAUCUCAUAUGGUUGUCUCUUGCAGGCAACAGUCUUACUGGGAAUGUGCCCUCAGGCUUUGGCAACCUCCAGAAGCUUGCCAUUCUACAGCUGCAUAAAAUUUACUCUCUGGCCCAGUUCCAACAGAGCUUGUUAGCAGCACAGACAGGACUUGUCACUGGAGGUAUUCUUUCUGGGAAGCAGUUUGCAUACCUAAGGAAUGAGGCUGGCAACAUCUGCCCUGGUGCCGGAGUGCUGUUUGAGUUCUUUGACAUCCGUCCAGAGCGGCUGGCACAGUUCCCGGCUGUGCACUCAUGUGGCUCCACGAGGAUAUACACUGGGGUGAUAGCAUACACCUUCAAUAAAAGUGGAAGCAUGAUCGUCCUUGAUCUAUCAUACAACAGAUUUACAGGUACAAUUCCGGCAAGCUUGGGGAACAUGACAUAUCUUACUGUCCUUAACUUGGGACACAAUGACCUUACUGGCGCAAUUCCAGAUGCAUUCAUGGGGUUGAGGGCGAUUGGUGUAAUGGACCUCUCACAUAAUCACCUCACAGGUGGCAUCCCUGCUGGACUUGGGUCUUUAAGUUUCCUUGCAGACUUUGAUGUCUCUAACAACAACCUGACUGGUGAAAUCCCGAUAUCUGGGCAGCUCAUUACAUUCCCAGCAUCCCGCUUCGCAAACAACUCUGGCCUCUGUGGCAUCCUCUUGGAUCGUUGCAUGCCCAAUACCAGCCCUGGACUCAUGCCCCAGUAUUUUCCUGAUCAGAAGUCGCCUCUUGUCUUUCAAGCUGGGUUUGGUGAAGGCUUCGGAUUUGGCUUCGUUAUAGCUAUUGGUUUAGUGACCUUGCUCCAGUUCAAGUAUGAACAGUGUUCAUGUUCUAUGCCAAUGUGGUAA